UUUAUUGCCUUACAAUUAUCUUUAAUUUACCGAUUUUCAUGAUUAUUUACCAGAAACAGGAAGAUCCGGUCGUGCAAAUGGACGGACCGUUCGAUCUCUUAAAACUAUUGGAGUUUUUACAUCGAACGCUAGUAUUCACGGAGGAAGUGAAGGAUGCAUUGAAAUUGGAUUGUGACGAAGCAGAUUAUUGUUUGAAAUCAUGGUCUGCUGAAGCCUGUCCUCAGGAGGAGAUUGCUAAAGAUAUUUCUUGCACUUGUCCCAAACGUGAGAACGAAGCUGAGGAAAUAGCUACGGGUAUUAGUAGAGCGUUGUUACAAACGCAGCAGUUACGUGAGAAAUUGUCUCUUAAUGUAAAGGGACGGAAUUACAAAUGUUUGAGCAUGUACGAAAGCUCCAAGGAAACUGGUAACUGGCUUUAUUCUAUUCGAAGGAACAGUGUAACACCUUCGUUAAUUAUUUACGUAUCUUCAGAUAAUAAAAAACAGACGGAUAAGAAGAGCGCGAACAAUAGCAAUAUAUAUUCUAAAAAAGGUUUAACUGAAGCAACAGCAAGUGCUGAUAAAAAGAUUGAUAAUAAAAUAGUUAAUAAGAAUGCAAAUAAGAAGUCGAAUGAUGAUGACAAGAAGUUAAUUGUACGUCCAGCAAAAUUAGGAACUAAAAAUUUUCUUGCAAUAAAUAAAAAGAAUAUAAAAAAUAUGGUACAAGCCAAACAGUUGGAGAAUGCUAAAUCUAAUAGUUCAGUGGUACAGUCGAAAUUUGUUAAAUUUGGUGAGAGGCACUCGGUGGCAUCAAUCAGUGAAUUGAAAGAGCUGAUACAAAAGGUAUCAAUAAAUAACAGUACGAAUUCUAAUGAACACUGUGCCAAUUGUCCACUGCACGGAGAUACAAGUUCGCGACAUAAUAAGCGAAGUUCAACGAACGUGACCAUCGUAGAGAGUUUCAAUUUGACCGAUAUUCCGCACGAAAUAAUAAAGUCCUUAAAGAUUUAUCAUACAUAUUUGAAUAUUGAACAUUCAGAGAAAACAUGUAACGAGAAACGGCAAAAAAUGUUAAACAAAUUCCUAACAGAACUUGAUAAAACGGGCGGUGUCGUAAAAAAGAAAUUAUCACACGAGAAUCGUAUCAUAGCUCCGUUAAAUAAUUUCAUGUCUCUGUUCCAAACUACUUUUUCUGAGAACUUCGAACAAUCGGAGUUAGUUAACGUCAAAGCGAAACAUGCAGAAUUCUGUACGUCAUGGAAAAUGUAUGAAACGAACAAAUUCGAUACGAACAUUUUUGAAAACGCGUUGAGCGCACCGGAUAUUAUCUCUAAUACAAUGGGAUGCAUGUCGAACGGAAUUUGGAAUUCUUCCUUUGCUAAAAGUGUCGAAGGCAUGUUAAAAGUUUACUGUAUGAGAUACACGAAUAAGAAUCAAUUACUAUCAUUUUUUGGUGUAAUGCAACAGCUGCAACAGAUACGGUACCAUGAAGAUCUAAUAAAGAUCAUCGAAUCGGACGUGUUUCCUGCUUUUAAGAAUGGCUUUGAUCCUAUGCGAUUGGAAUACGCGAAAAUAUAUAAAAUGAUUUCUAUUCUAUAUCAGGGUUUAAAUCCGAGAAUUCCGGUAUUAGUAAGAACCGAUAAAUAAAUAUUUUUUUGAUUAUAUACAUUCCUCAUUGCUAUGACAAUGAUACAUAGAUUUAUCAUCCUCGUUACUACGGCAACUAAGACAACUCGAGUGCACAGUUGAUAUUCGAAAUGCACUGUGCAUGCUUCCAGUGUAAUGUCUCAUGUAUCCUCUUAUGUCAAUAAAAGCUAUUCUAAAAGA